UCAUUGACCAACAUGCUGAGCUCUUCAUGUCCAACACUCAACGCGCCAGUGACGAGUUUAGCUGUGAAGUUUUUAAACGAUGAAGGACAUCCGAAAUCAAUGGAGAAUCUGGCUGAAGAUCAUUUGACAUCACAACCAGACUUGAAGACCAGUGAGCAGAGCGGUCAAGAUGACGUGGACGGUGCAACAAGUGCCAGGACUGGGAUGUUCAAGGACGAGUACGUUGAUGAAGACAGUCGGUCCCGGGACAGGACUGAGACUGUCGACAGCAGCGAGGAAUUCCUGCAGACGUCAGAGGACAGCAGUCAGGAUUCUGAGGCCAGUGAUGACUGCAGACACAGCUGGACUAGCGAUGAGCUGGGCUUA